AUGAACGCCAGGACAAGCCCUUCGAGAAAGAAGCAACGUGCUCCGCCCCGUAAGAAGGCCUGCAAUAGCUGCACGAGAUCCAAAGUCCGCUGCGAUCUCGAGAGACCGGCCUGUUCAAGAUGUCGAUCACGAGGCCAGAACUGCGAGUAUCCGGCCAACGAAGGCCUGAGCCCAUCUGUUGAGAGCACUUCGUCUAUGAUAGAACUCGAUACAACAGUACUCGGAAUUCCGCGACUGGACCAGAUCACGGACGCGCCGGUUGAUUUUCCUUUUGGUGCAAUCACAGCCGCUCAAAACCAACCACAAACAAGACCGGAGCGGGACAAAGAGACCGAGUUUGACCUGCAAGUAGUCGAAUUGGCACCUAGUGCUAAUGCUGGAGAUAUCCGGGAUCGUUGGCUGAGGCCUUACGUCCUACCUCUUACAGAAGGCGAAGAGAUCCCCAAAGCGUAUCAUCCGUUCACCUUGCAGUACAUCGCACGGAUAUUAUGUACAUAUCCUCGUUGUAUGCAGAAGGACGGGGGACUUCCUCCCAUAAUUCAUCGCGCGCAGAUAGUGGGGAGAGAAAUGCCCCGCGCGCUUGCAAACUGCUAUAGCUUGGUGCGGAUGUGGGAGCAGGCGGUCCCCGGGAGCGAGACAAUGGUGGUCAGUAUUGUAGAGAAUGAGAUGCGACGGUUGGCUGAAGAGCCUCCGAGUCCUUAUGACUACGAACUUCUCGCAGCUUUCCAGGCAUACAUGAUCUACUCGAUUAUGAUGUACUUCACUCCUAUUGGUGGUCCCUCCGUCUUGAAUGACCAGGCUAUGAUGACUCUCAUGGAAAUGGCUUUUCGUACCGCACGGAAUGGCCUCUUCUGCACCGCUGAACUCUCUCGAUCGCGGCCGAAUUGGGAAUCCUGGAUUGUGGCAUCUACUAAACGCCGGGCUAUUCUGGUCAUGUACCUUUUCAGCAGCGUGUACAAUGCUGACCGUCUCCUGCCAAAUUUCGUUGCUGAAGAACUACGGGGAUUGUACGCUCCGGAAAGCAGGUCAUUAUGGGAUGCCGUUGACCGCGAAACAUGGACCAAAGAGUACGACCGUCACCUGCUCGACUGGGAAGACGGAAUGCUGGAAAUUUCAGAGUUGUGGAGGUCAGUAGAGACUUCCUCUCCACCACGACGGAGGAGAAUAGAGCGCUGGGUACAGACGGUGGAUGAAUUCGGGAUGAUGAUAUUCGCCGUUUGCGCCCAUAUCCAUGGAUGUUGA